GAGCAGGCCAGGCAGGAGGAGCAGGCCGAGGAGCAGGCCAGGCAGGAGGAGCAGGCCGAGGAGCAGGCCAGGCAGGAGGAGCAGGCAGUCAGCCAACAAGAGCUGGACAACCUGCUGCAUGAGAAGCGGUACCUGCGGGCGCUGGGCCUGGCCAUCUCCCCGGAUCAGCCCCACACUGUGCUGACCGUCAUCCAGGCCAUUCGGAGGGACCCUGAGGCCUGUGAGAAGCUGGAAGCCACCGUGCUCCGACCGAGGCGAGACCAGAAAGAGGCCCUGCUGUGCUUCUGCGUCACGUGGAACACCAACUCGCGCAACUGCCACGAGGCCCAGGCCAUGCUGGGUGUGCUCCUGCGGCACGAGGCCCCCGAGGAGCUGCUGGCCUAUGAAGGCGUGUGUGCAGCACUUGAGGCCCUGCUGCCCUACACUGAGCGGCACUUUCAGCGGCUCAGCCGGACACUCCAGGCCGCCACCUUGUUGGACUCCUAGCCAGCUGCUUCUCUCUCCAGUCCAUCGGAACCCCCUGGGGAACCCAUAAAGGCGCACUCACCUAAAA